AUGGCAACAGGAAACGAUAAACUAUUGGCGUGGGAUUACGUCGCAAUUGCCAUCUACUUCGUUGUGGUCUUAGGAGCUGGGAUUUAUUCCUUGUUUCGCGCCAACCGUGGAACCGUCAGUGGAUACUUUCUAGCCGGAAGAUUAAUGACAUGGUUACCAGUUGGUGCCUCAAUCUUUGCUAGCAACAUCGGCAGCGAACACUUUAUAGGAUUGGCUGGAUCAGGCGCUACAUCCGGCAUUGGUGUCGGAGCGUUUGAGAUUAACGCUCUGAUAUUCUUGCAGCUGCUAGGUUGGGUUUUUCUGCCGGUUUAUAUCGCAAGUGGGGCCUGUACUCUACCCGAAUAUUUAAAAAAGCGGUUCGGUGGCACACGACUGAGAGUAUUUCUCUCUGUUCUUUCUCUCUUCUUAUAUAUCUUUACGAAGAUUUCAGUCAACCUAUAUAGCGGUGCUCUGUAUAUACAACAGUCAUUAAAUUGGGAUCUCUAUCUAUCAAUUGGAAUACUGCUAUUACUCACAGCAUUCUUUACAAUAACAGGCGGUCUGGCCGCUGUCAUGUACACAGAUACGGUGCAGACUAUCAUCAUGGUGGGCGGAGCAGGAACACUUGCUAUACUAAGUUGGAAGGAAAUCGGAAGCUACGCUAAUCUAGAGAGAUCCUACAUGAUGGCCAUACCGAACACGACUCGUUUAGUUAAUGGCUCCACGUAUAACACGGGUUGCGGUGUCCCUCGUGUCGAUUCUUUCAUCAUGCUCCGAGACCCGGUGACCGGCGACAUACCCUGGCCGGGUUUCCUAUUUGGACAGACAGCGGCAUCGAUCUGGUAUUGGUGUACGGACCAGAUGAUGGUGCAGCGAACGUUGGCAGCGAAAAAUCUAUCCCACGCGCAGGGCGGAGUUGUUCUCGCGGGGUUUCUUAAAACUCUGCCAGUGUGGCUUCUUGUUAUUCCGGGCAUGAUCAGCAGGGUGCUCUACACAGAUGAGGUCGCUUGUGUUGAUCCGGAGGUAUGCCAAGCGGUGUGUGGCAGCGAGUCCGGCUGUUCAAACGUAGCCUAUGUGAAACUCGUUUUGAAUUUAAUGCCAACAGGCAUGAAGGGGCUAAUCAUGGCAGUAAUGCUAGCUGCUCUGAUGAGUGACUUGACGUCAAUCUUCAACAGCGCCAGCACACUGUUUACAAUUGACAUUUGGAAAAGGGUUCGUAAGCAGGCCUCCUCGAGAGAACUUCUUCACGUAGGCAGGGUGUUCGUACUUGUCAUGGUUGCGAUCAGCGUCGCCUGGAUUCCCGUGAUAACCGUCAUGCAGAGUGGACAGCUCUACCAUUACAUCCAAGCGGUCGCCGGUCAACUCUCUCCACCGGUGGCGGCCAUUUACAUACUAGCCAUCCUGUGGCCACGCUGUAACGAAAAGGGUGCCUUCAUCGGCGUGUGCGUGGGCGUUGCCGGUGGAGUCACGAGAAUGAUAUUGGAGUUUAUCUAUCCGGCACCGCCGUGUUACGAAGAGGACAAUAGGCCGGCAAUCGUCCGCAAAAUUCAUUAUAUGUACGUGGCCAUGAUACUCUUCUUCGUCACUCUCGUCGUCACCGUCGUGGUCAGCAUACUCACGAAACCUGAACCGGAGUACAGGACAAUACGCACAACAUUCUGGUCACGUUAUGACCACACGGAACGCGCUGAUGAAAUGGAUUAUGACGUGGGAACAAAGGAACCUCUUCGUCGAGAUGGCACUGAGAUGGGGGAUUUAUGUACCCUCGAACAAAAUAACUCGUUAGAGAAAUCGAGACGCGCCAUCUAG